CGUUGUGUGCACGAGCUAUGUUUUGGAAGGUUGUCGGCGAAUUAUUUUGCCUUUGGAUGAGCCUAGAUGGAUGGAUCGGAAACACGCUCCUCAAACAGUUGAUCCUGCCCUAAGUCACAGGUCGCAUCAUGCGGAUAAAAGAAACGUCGAGAAUAUUGCCCAGCGGAGAGAGUAUCUCGGUGUUUGCCUCGGAAUGUUAAACCGCCAAGGCUGUGGUCGGUUACAGUCAUGCGCGCGGCUCUCUGCACCAACGGUCUAGAAAGCUGAAGCUAUCGGAGGUGGCUAGGCAGGUUAUGCGAAGCCAUAGUAUCUUGGGCUAUAUGUGUUAUUCUGUGACAAUUAUAGUUUGCUCCGGGCGAAUAAUUCUAUUCUCCUCUAAAUCAUUUAGGGCAAUCCCAACAUUACACUGCACGAAAAUGCAAACGAUACGCGUCCUACCCACAGUGUCGCCCGUAAAACGACCGAAAUCCAUAUCAGGUGGUGGAAUAGAGUAGUCGCCAGUAAAGCAUUUCAGCAAAGUUUUUCUGCUCGAGAUAAUGCCGCCUUAGUUAGGUCUAUGUUGGCUUGACUUUCUGAUAGCAAGCAGGUUAACUUUUGGACUUCCUAAUGCUUUAGCCAUAUCUCGAAUUAUAAUUAUAAUUAUAAUUAUAAUUAUAAUUCGUU